AUGGCUUCAGUGUCAACACAAGAACAGAAAGAACAUAAACAAAGACCGUUUUCAGUCGUAAUAAGAAAUAAGCUUACGAAAUCCUUCAAGUGUGAAGAUAAAAAUCUAUGUUUUAAGCAUUGGUUAUGUCAGUGAAAUAAUGUCAAAAGUUAACAGUUCUUUCAGAGUAAGAAUAUAUGAAUUACCUCUGAAUCGCUUCGCAAAUGUUGCGUUGCCACAGUUUCUUGGACAGCUACAACAACAUGAAAGCAACCUAAAUAAACAUAUCAAGGAUAAAGAUUGGGACAAAGUACGAACUGAACAGUUAAAAGGACAACAGGUUGCUUCUCAAUUGCAAGCUGCUCUACGAGAAUUAGAAGGAGUUGGAUGUCAGUUGAAACCAGAAGAUGAAAAGGAGUUUGAAAAUAAAAUUAGACCUUACAGAAUUCAAGCUUUAAUUGCUGUAAAAAAAUUUAAACAAAACUUGAAUGAAAACUUUGAUUCCCAUGUAUCGGAAAGUGAACAAAAGCAACAAUUGAUGCUAAGUCAAGAACAGAUUUUACCAGAAGAAAUUGAAGUAGAGCAACGAAAAAUUCAGCUUGAGACAUAUGAAGAUUUGCAAAAAGAUAUAGAGGAGUUACACGACUUAUUUUCAGAAUUUGCUCAACAAGUUCAUACUCAAGGAAGUACAGUCAGCAACAUUGAAAGCAAUGUUGAUGAUGCUCUAGAAAAUGUUAAAGAAGGACAACAGAAUUUGGCCAAAGCUGCAAAGUUUAAGGCAACCAUGUAUCCAGUAACAGGAGCUCUUAUUGGUACUUGUAUUGGCGGCCCUGUUGGCUUUCUUGCUGGUUUAAAAAUAGGUGGCCUUGCAGCACUUGGAGGUUCCUUAUUGGGCUUUGCAAGUGGUCGUGGUUUAAAGAAAUGGCAAGAAUCGGUCGUUAAUGAACCAGCUGAAAAUUUAACCACAAGUCAGUCAACUCCUGUUAAUUUAGGCAAUACUUCUGGAUCAAAAACAGUUCCACACUCAAUCAGCUUUGGUGGUUCACAUAAGAAAGAAACGAUGGCGAUUGAUUCCAAACGUGAUGACUGCGACCGUGACCGACUACAUUUUAAAAACCUAUAAGUGGAUUACUAUAUUUAUCUGAAACUGUAAUAUAACGUUUGCGAAGUUUUAAAA